AUGUGUGAAGCAGAUCCAUUCGCAGCGACGCUGAUGUACGUUGAAAUGCCCAAGUAUUACACUUGGAAUCAAUCAACAAAGAAAUUCCAACGUCGCAAACAAGGAACCCCAGUUCCAGACUGGCCACAGGUGUUUUCAACUGAUGCACUAGGUCGUAUGUACACUGUUCAUCCUAGAAACGAUGAAUGUUUUUAUUUGCGACUGCUGUUAGUAAAUGUACGUGGACCGAAAUCAUUUGCGCAUUUGAAAACUGUGAAUGGCCACCAAUGCCAAACAUAUCGAGAAGCAUAUUCAGUUGUUUCAUCAAAUGCGUACCAAAUACGAACGCUGUUCGCAAUUAUCAUCACCACAUGUUUUCCUUCACAACCAAUUCAGUUAUGGAACAAAUACAAAGACGCCAUAUGUGAAGAUAUCUUGCAUCGCUUGCGUAUUCAAACGAAUAAUCCUGACAUCCAAAUAACCGAUGAAAUCUACAAUGAAGGAUUGAUUCUGAUUGAGGAUCAAUGCUUGACUAUUGCAAACAAGCUACUGAUUGAAGUAGGAAUGAUUGCGCCAAAUCGAUCGAUGCACGAUGCAUUCAACCAAGAAUUAAAUCGAGAGCUGCAAUACAAUGUUGAUACAUUGCAGGAAUUCGUUAGAAAUAAUGUUCCGUUGCUGAAUGAACAGCAAAAACAAGUAUACAAAACAUUAAUGCAAGCGGUGGACAAUAAUACUGGUGGUCUAUUCUUCCUGGAUGCACCUGGAGGAACAGGGAAAACAUUUGUCAUUUCAUUGAUUUUGGCCACUAUUCGAUCAAGAUGUGACAUAGCUUUGGCGUUAGCAUCAUCUGGAAUUGCGGCGACUCUUCUAGAUGGCGGUCGUACUGCACAUUCUGCGCUUAAGUUGCCACUCAAUUUAAACACAAUUGAUACUCCAACGUGCAAUAUUUCCCGAUCCAGUGCAAUGGGAAAAUUGUUAAUGCAAUGCAAGCUCAUUGUUUGGGAUGAGUGCACAAUGGCACAUAAGAAAUCACUUGAAGCACUUAACUUCACACUGAAGGAUCUUCGGAGAAAUAACAACAUCUUUGGCGGCUUGAUGAUAUUGUUGGCAGGCGAUUUCAGGCAGACGUUGCCAGUAGUUCCCCGUGGAACGCCUGCAGAUGAAUUGAAUGCUUGCCUAAAGGCAUCACCUUUAUGGAAUAACGUAAAAACAUUAUCGCUAACCACUAAUAUGAGAGUUCAACUUCAAAAUGAUCAAAGUGCUGCACAAUUUUCCAAACAAUUGUUAGAUCUUGGAAAUGGAAAAGUCCCAGUUGAUGCGACAUCUGGAUUAAUUACUCUUACCAACGACUUUUGCCGAUUUGUAGACACUCAAUUAGUUCUUAUUGAAAAUGUUUUCCCAAACAUUAGUGAGAAUUAUAAGAAUUAUGCUUGGUUAAGUCAACGAGCAAUUCUUGCAGCAAAGAAUAAUGAUGUCCACGCACUGAAUUUCACCAUUCAAUCAAAAUUGCUGGCGAUUUGGUGA